UUCAGUGAUUCGUGAAUCAAACGUCUCUAGGAACAAACAGUCCGUUGUCAGACCGGUGAGGAGAGAGAAGUGAGCAGAUCAGGCUGCGGACCCCUCCAUGGAAGAGGCCAGCGAUGAGGGGCUUUUACUCGAAGCUGGACUCCUCGUCUCUGGGCAUGGCGAUGCCCCUGAACCUAGCCGUGGAGACUGAGAAAGCUCAGGCCCUGCUCCAGACCUUCAGCACUGCCUCUCUGUUAGCCAGCGCGGGCCUGGGUGCUUUCUGUUUCCUCGCCGACCACUUUCUGACGCUCCCCCUCAUCCAGCACCAUCUGUGGCUCAGGGCUGUGCUCGAUAACGCCGUCCACGGCAUCAUUGGACUCUGGUCAUGGGCCAUCGUCAUCGGGUUGAGGAAGAAAAGUGACUUCUAUGAAGUCGUCUUGGCUGGGUUUCUGGCUUCUAUCAUUGACCUGGACCACUUCUACAUGGCUGGAUCAUUGUCGCUCAAAGCUGCUGUGAAUCUGCCGCACAGGCCUCCGCUGCACUGCUCCACCCUGAUCCCAGCGCUCUGCUUCUCCCUGCGCCUCCUCAUGUGGGCCUGCCGGCUCAAGGACUCCUGGUGCUCCCUGCCCUGGAUGCUGUUCAUCUCGCUGGCGUCGCACCACAUCCGUGACGGCGUUCGGCACGGUCUCUGGGUGUGUCCGUUUGGAAACACGGCGCCCAUCUCUUACUGGCUGUACGUCACCAUCACAGCCACUCUGCCUCACCUGUGCUCGGUGCUCAUGUAUCUGACCGGCACCAGAGACAUGAUCUCCACCAAACACGGGGUCGCCAUCGACGUCUGAAACACUGGCUUGAUCGUUUAUUUUUCUUUCUUUAUUUUUCCCAGCAAAAACAUGGCACUGGAUAUAUUUCCAUUAGCUCUUUGCCUCAUCGCCAAUCCAAUGUAAUUCGUCCUCCUUCCUUGAGAGAUUUUCAGUAUGUUUGAUACUUUUAACUACUGUGGUCAUUCAGGUAUCAGUGUGAAAUCAGGUUGUAUUUACUGUGAAGACUGUGAGUAUUUUAAUAUGUAUGAUGUAGAUUAGGGUUGGGCGAUUUAAAAAAAAAAAAAAAUCUAUUUUGCAGCCUUUUUGUACAAUAUGCUAUAUAUAUUUGAUAUAAAAAGCCAUUACAGAGCAAAUAGAGAAAUUAUAUUAUAAUAUAGUUUCCAAUAUUUGCUGAUUUGGAUUUAGAUUCUCAUU